AUGAUACUUCUUGAAUUUUCAAUGUUAACAAGUCGCUUAAGAGAGGAUCAUCAACAGAAAUUUCGUAAUAUGUUGAACAAGUUAAUUUCUAAAUAUGAAAUACCUUCUACAAGAUACUCACAAAGAGAGAUUGAUUUACUUGCAAUAACUGUAGUAUGUCGAGAAAUGAAAACACCAUGUUUUAUUACCAAAGUUACUGGAAAAAACGCUGGAAAUAGUUUUGGAUUGCCUAUCGAAUCAUGGCACAAAGGAUUUAUAUGGUGUUCAUCAAAUUCAAAAAUUCAGUUAACAGUAACUCAAAGUGGUUUACAUAAUCCAUUAGUGGUUUUUUUUGCUGUGUUCCGUAUAUAUCAAUGUCAAUAUCCAAAUGAACUUAAGCCAUCAUUUGAUGAAUUAUUUUCCUUUUUUUAA